GAGUUCAGUUGCAUUGCACUCACACACUCUCUCUCUCUCUCAAGGUUUCAAUCCCAUACCUGAAACCACUGUCCAAUAUGAAAAGAACUCUGGUAGAGAUGGAGGAAGGGCCACUUGCUGAUGAGAAAAUAAUGCCGGUUGAUGAGCCAAAAUCACUUGAUGAUGAUCCCAAACCAGCUUCUGUUGAGCUGAACUCUCCUGACAGUGAUCCGAAACCAGCUUCUGUUGAGCCGAACUCCCCUAAGAAUUAUCCAAAAUCACCUUCUGUUGAGCCGGUCUCUCCUGACAGUGAUCCGAAACCAGCUUCUGUUGAGCAGAACUCCCCUGAGGAUUAUCCAAAAUCAGCUUUUGUCGAGCAGAAGUCUCCUGAGGAUUAUCCAAAAUCACCUUCGGUUGAGCCGAACUCCCCUGAGGAUUAUCCAAAAUCAGCUUUUGUUGAGCAGAAAUCUCCUGAGGAUUAUCCAAAAUCACCUUCGGUUGAGCCGAACUCUCCUGAGGAUUAUCAAAAAUCACCUUCGGUUGAGCCGAACUCCCCUGAGGAUUAUCCAAAAUCAGCUUUUGUCGAGCAGAACUCUCCUGAGGAUUAUCCAAAAUCAGCUUUUGUCGAGCAGAACUCCCCUGAGGAUUAUCCAAAAUCACCUUCGGUUGAGCCGAACUCCUGUGAACAUUAUCCAAAAUCACCUUCUCUUGAACAGAACUCCUGUGAUGAUGAUCCAAAAUCACCUUCUGAUGAGAGGAACUCUGCUGAAGAUUAUCCAAAGUCACCUGUUGAGAAGAACUCUGCUGAAGAUUAUCCAAAGUCACCUGUUGAGAAGAACUCUGCUGAAGAUUAUCCAAAGUCACCUGUUGAGAGGAACUCCUGUGAUGAUGAUCCAAAAUCACCUGUUGAGAGGAACUCCUGUGAUGAUGAUCCAAAAUCACCUUCUGUCGGGUCAAAAUCAAUGGAGGAGGAUCCAAAGUCACCAUCUGCUGAGCCAAAAUCACCUCCUGCUGAGCCAGAAUCACAGGAGGAGAAUACAAAAUCACCUUCUGCUGAGCCAAAAUUGCCUGAUGAGGACCCAGAGUCAUCUGCUAGUGGAAGAAAGAGGAGUUUUGAUGAAGCACUGGCGGCAGCUAAAAUGGCUAUUGAAGAGGAACUUAAGAAAGCUGGUGAAACUGCAGCCUCUCUAAUUGCUGAAAGCGAAUAUAAAUCAGCAAUUGCAGCAAAGGAAGUGAAGGAGAUGGAAAGAAUCCAAAAACUGUGUGAAGAAAAUGAAGCAAUCCUACAGUUUGCAGAAGAUCUUCUGAAGCAGGUUGAAGAAAGUGAUACGAAAUCGGUUCGCUGGGGAUGAUAAGGAAUCCCAAUAGAAUUUCUGUUGCAACUUCGAGUUGAGGUUGACAUGUCUUCUUUAGUCUGUGAAUAUUAUCUGUUGAAUCUGUAUUUCAUUUGAUUGUUGUUAGAAACAAUGAUAUCUCAUUGAUUUGGUUGUGUAUACCUUCAUAUGGCAAAACUUGAGGGUGCUUCAAAUGCCCCUAUUAUUCCUAUACAAAUUGCUGAAGUGCAUCA